AGCUAUACUGUCGUCAUUUUAACCCUAAUUUGUUCUAACAUUUGUGUUUUUCAACUUCAGUUACUUAUGAUGGAGAAGAAGGCCACUGGAUCUCAUUUUAAUAAGGACGUCUCAAGUUCUUUGUCGAGAGAACAUCAAAAUUUAAAAUUCGGCGAAGCUCCUUUUAACAUUUUGCGCGAAUUCCUCACUAAUCUCAACGAUACAAACAUACACAAUUUGAAGAACCUGUCGGCCUUCUGUGGAAAUUUUAAAGAUCGAAGACUUGUGGAGUGUGUCUUCCUCAUAUGCGACGAGUUGAGACUCGACCCACUGGCUGGAUAUCAAGCAAUUGAAAUACUAGAGAGGUUUAUGACAAAGCAUCUUGAAGAUCUGUUUUGUAUCCCCAUUCCUGCUGAUGAGGGACAACAAGGGAACAUUGGAGACUCAGUUUUUAUAAAAUUGAGCAAGAAAUUCAGUCUCCUGGUCUUCUCUUGUAUACAGCUGGCAAGCAAACUGACACUGCAUUGUAAUGUCAUUGACAACAACACAGCAUUGAAGUUUCUGAGGUCCAUGGGGCACUCUUACUCCAAAGAGACUCUUCUGGAAUCGGAACUUCUAAUCCUGCAAACACUUAACUUCUGCAUCAGUUUCCCUAAUCCUCUCAUGUAUGUCGAGACACUGUUGGAAGUGCUAGGGUACAACGAUGUGACCGUCCCCAUCCUGCAGCUGUACUCUCUGUGCCGACACGUGCUCCAGUUUGCCUAUCUGCAGAGGAAGUCUCUUUACCACUCCCUGCUGGUAUCUGCCACCGACUGUCCCAGCCCAUCCGAGGAGCAGAGAAUGGAGUUCGCAGCCGUGACCGAGGACUGCAUGUUGCUGAGUGUGGGGGUCAUCGCUGCAGGCGCCUUCAUCCUCAACUUCAAAACCUGGGAACAGGUAGUGGACGAGCUGAGAUACAUAACAGGGAUCUCUGCAAAGAGCAUCAUGGAGUUUGCAUAUAUAUUGCUGUCACAUAUUGUGAAGAAUGAAACUCCUGUAAAAUCUUUUUGA